ACAAGACAAGUCUUCCAAGAACAGUUUACUUCAAAGUUACCUAAUAAUUUAUCCCACAUCCCCCUCCCAUCUCAGGGUCAUGUGACCUCCUUGAGUCCAGUGCUACCGAUAAAGUAAGACACCCUGGGAGGUGAAUCUGUUGGGAUUAGCCUUUGCAGUCAACAUACUGACCACACUUAACACGCUCACCAAUGGCCUCAACCUGCAAACACCAGGGCACCAACAGUUAGUAGACUUGUGUGACACACACAUCAGAGACCCUUCAUCUGCUCACUAUGGCAUCUCUAGAGGAAGAGCUGACCUGCUCUGUGUGCCGAGACUCCUUUAGCCAAGCACACCCCCUGCCCUGUGGUCACAGCUUCUGCCCCGCAUGCAUCCGCGAUGCCUGGAGCGGCCAGGACGAGGGCAAAAGUCGUUUUACCUGCCCCCAGUGUCAGGAGGAGCACGGCGUAGUGUUGUGUGACUGCUGCCCUCCUGAGUCAGCAGAAGAAAAGCCAGCGUUGGCUGUCAAGACCUGCCUGAGGUGUGAAGUGUCGCUGUGUGACGAACACCUCCAACCCCAUCUGGAGAGACCAGCGUUCAGCACCCACCUGUUGGUGGAUCCCCUGGGGGACCUCUCACAGCGAAGGUGCCCGACACACACAGAGAUAUUGCGCUACUACUGUGCUGAUGAGAGGGUGUACGUGUGUGGUGACUGUCUGCUGGAUGGUGCCCAUGCUCAGCACAAAGUAAAGGCUCUGAAACAGGUGGAAGAAGAUCUGAAGGUUAUUCUCCAGACACUGCUCAGCAGGGCAGAGGAGAAGCUGAAAGAUGGAGAGCGAAUCCUCAAAGAGCAUGAGAGUAUUGAUUCAACCAUGGCUGAGUCUUUGAAGCAGGAUGACUCCCAGGUGGAACGGCUGGGCUCCGACCUGCAGGUCCAGGUAAAGAAGCUGGUGACUGAUCUGAGGGAGAUCACCAAUAGGGAGAGACAGCAGGUCAUAAAGCGUGUGCAUGAAGACUGCUCCAAGCUGAGAGGCGACAUGAGUCAGGUGCUGACCAUCCAGCGUUACCUGGCCUUGCUGCUGGCAGAGACGGAUCCUUUUCUGCUUAUCUGGGCUUUUCAAUCAGAUGACACAAAGUUACUAGCUGAUCUGAACAGCCCACUUUUCGUCCCUGAUGCUGUCAGUCUGGACAGGAAACACAUCUUGGAGGACAUAGAGAGCAAAUAUCGAGAGUUCAUCACCGGCACUCUGCGCUGCCUCAGUGGACUCAAGAGGGAGCUCUUAACCAGUCCUUUGAGUCUGGACACCAACACUGCCCAUCCUCUGCUGAGCAUCUCGGAUGACCUUCGCACAGUGACACGGGUUAAAAACCGCCUGCCCUGUGCUGCUCACCCCGAACGUUUUGACCACUGGCCGCAGGUCCUCGCUGCCCAAACAUUCACCUGUGGGACUCACUACUGGGAGCUGGAGGCUGAGGGAUUCUGGGAUAUUGGCAUCUGCUAUAGAAGUAUUGGACGAAAGGGAAAAGAGGGCAAUGCCUUUGGGAACAACAAGGUAUCAUGGAGCUUGACCCAGCAGCAUGACAAAAAGCUGGCUGCCUGGCACAACCGCAGGAAGACCCGCCUCACGUACAAAAUGACUGGCAACCGUGUUGCAGUCGCUGUGGACUACGGAGCAGGCACCAUCACCUAUUCUGAGGUGGGACCAUCCAACAACCUAACUCACCUUCAUACUUUCUCCACUACGUUCACUGAGCCGGUGUGCUUGGGCUUUGGACUUUACAAAGCUGAGCUCAACAGCCACAUCUCUAUCAUCAAAGUCUGAGGCAGAGAAACGGAAAAGACAGACAGAGAAAAUCAUGCUGAUGGGAGUUGUGCUGGUUUAACCUAGACAAAGUCAUGCCAGGAUGAAGGGGU